AUGUGGUCCCUGGUUGCUGCUGAUUUCUCGGAGGCAUAAAGGGGGGUCUAGAGGAAAGAAAGAUUUACGAAUUGAUAGGUGGUCGAGUUUUGUUUGGCUGAGCAGCCUCUACGCAAAAAGUAGAGGAGCGCUGCGCUUCCUCUUCUUAAAGGAUUAAGGGGAGUGAUGGCCACCAGGUGGGGGUCAGAAUUGCCGUCUCAGAGACAGUGAACCGCUAUUGGAGUAAAACGAAAUACUAACCGCACAGGAAAAAAAAAAAACAAAAAAAAAAACUUUUAUUGCAGAACAUACCGGUAAACACUGCGAGCCGCAGAUAUACUGCAUUGGAGAGGAAGCUAGUGCUCAGCUAGUCACACUAUUUCUGAGGACUCGGUGUGCAGUGUCCAGUGGAGUUCAAUAAGCCGUAUCGUCUAUAGGGACCAUUAUUAAAACUAAUUUUUCCCCUGCUAGCUAUUUUUGCUAGCUAGGAGAUGACAAGUGAAACUUCCCAGCAGCAGCUGGACUCACCAGCGCUUUUAAGAUCGAGCCCGAUUUCUGGAGUUCUUCAUUCAGUACUGAUGCACCAACAGUCCUCGGCAGUGGAGUGCGCAUCCUCCUCCAAAGGCAAAAAGGCGAAUUCAGGGCUCAGGCGCCCUGAAAAACCGCCGUAUUCCUACAUCGCACUCAUUGUGAUGGCAAUUCAGAGCUCCCCAACAAAAAGGUUAACCCUCAGCGAGAUCUAUCAGUUUCUUCAGGCAAGGUUCCCAUUCUUCAGAGGCUCUUACCAGGGAUGGAAGAAUUCGGUUCGCCACAAUCUGUCCUUGAACGAGUGCUUUAUAAAACUACCGAAGGGGCUAGGCAGACCCGGUAAAGGGCACUACUGGACCAUUGACCCAGCCAGUGAAUUUAUGUUUGAGGAGGGGUCUUUCCGCCGCAGACCGAGAGGUUUCAGAAGAAAAUGCCAGGCUUUAAAACCAAUGUAUCGGAUGAUGAACGGCAUUGGUUUUGGCACUUCAAUAUUACCUCAAGGCUUUGAUUUUCAAGCUCCUUCUGCCUCAUUGGCAUGCCAUACCAACAGCUACAACUUGGACAUGAUGACUAAUUCUGUGGCAGGAGGCUAUGAUGGACUCAGCGGUGGCCACCAUGUCCCUCAUAUGUCUCCCAGCCCCGGUUCAACUUACAUGGCCAGUUGCCCAGUAACUUCUAAUGGAGACUAUGGCCCUGAUAACAGCAGUAGUCCAGUACCUUCUUCCCCUGCAAUGGCUAGUGCGUUGGAAUGCCAUUCUCCAUAUGCAAGUACGUCUGCACAUUGGGCAUCUUCAGGGGGAUCUCCAUAUAUCAAACAGCAGACAAUGGCAUCUAAUAACCCUUCUUCAUCCACUUUACACUCUAGCAUGUCUUCCUACUCCCUGGAACAAAGCUACUUGCAUCAAAAUGCCAGAGAAACGGCAGAUAUUUCAGUGGGAAUACCUCGGUACCAAACCCAUUCGUCGCCAGUUUGUGAAAGGAAAGAUUUUGUUUUGAAUUUCAACGGGAUCUCCUCAUUCCACCCGUCAGCCACUGGCUCUUAUUAUCACCAUCACCACCACCACCACCAUCACCAGAGCGUAUGCCAGGACAUAAAGCCCUGUGUGAGGUGAAUGAGCGAACGCACCGCCGCAGACAGCUGUUCCACUGACUGCCUUAACAGGUUACGACCAAAAAUGAGAUAUCUGUGCCGAAGAAAAAGUAAUGACUAAAGACUAGAACAUCACUAAAUCAUCUACAGACACUUUUACUAGAAAGCGAACAACCACUCUUUAAUAUCAAUAUGAAUGGUUUUAUUAGUAUAGGGUUUUCAAAACCCCGACAACAUUCCUUUGACUGUUUUUGUAGCUGACAUGAGCUACAAUAGACAAUGUGGCUAUCUAUUGCAGCUCUGGAAACAUAAUUUUGUUCUUGUCUGUAUCCUUAUUAUAUGAAUAGGAUUUCAAUUGCUAUACACAUAAAAAAAAAAACUAAAACAAAAAAACACAACAUAUUCAAUGUUUUUUUUUAAUUAUUAUUAUUAUUUUUUAUUUUUACACAACUGCAAUAUUUCACAUUAACUGUUUAAAGUAAUACCGUAUUAAGUACAGGUUAUAAGAAACAUUUAAGUUCAAGAAAAACAACUAUAGCCGCUAGAACUUUUUCUUUGCCUGCAAACCACAAAAGUCAAUACAAUGUUAUGUAGCCAUUUAUUUUUAUUUUUUCUGAAAUAACUAUAAUGUAUGUACGCCUACUCCUUUUCUGAGGUAUAUAGAAUGUUUAGUUCCAAUGAUAUAUUUUUUUUGCGGAUGACUAAGGGAAGGAAGGCCAGGUAGGUCACACAUAUACGCUCACACUACGUUUUUAUUAAACAACAUUUGGAAAUAUUUGCACUUAUUGUAUACUCGCUAAGUUUGCCAAAAUAUUCUGAUGUAAAGUAUUGCAAUACAAUCUAUAUGUUGAAAAUGUAUGUGUAGAAUUAACAUAUGUAGAAUUGCCUUAAGAAUAUGUUUAUUUUAGUUAAUAUACAUUCUAGCGUGUUUUUUAAACCACCGGCAAAAUUAACAGGAAGCAAACAUACAGAUACAGGCCAAUAAACGAACAAAAGGAAGAAAAAAAACUUUAAAUUUUCGUGGUUUAUAUGGCAAUAACAGCAACCCCAAUAUUAUUCACUAAAUCAACGCUGCUGUACAGGGCAAGUUAACUACCCUUUGGGUUAGGCUGCCAAAAAGCGCACAGCAAUGCUUGUUAAUAAACAAUAAAACAAAAAAGUAUUCGGUUUAGGCCAUAACUGUGUUGUUUAAUGGAGGGUAACAAUUCAAAUCACGUUGAAAUAAUCUUUAGCUAAACUAUACUCUUCUUUAAAAAACCAUUAAACCAAUAGGAGUAAACAAAUUAGCAAACAGAACAAGAAUGUGUUAUAAUUAGCAACAACAAACUACUCUGUUACAACACAUCUGGUUUUGUAUUACAAUGAUCACCGUGGAUGACGUUACGCAAUCCCCUCCGCAGUAUUGUUGAAUCACACCUGGGAGAAAAUAUCAGUCGGGUUAAUAAAAAUCUGCUGCUGUCUAAAUAAAUAACACAUUUCCAGUCUGUGUCAGAUAUUUAAAAUACAAAAACUGCUUUCCUUAUUGGAACACAUUUUAAGUGUGUUUCAGUAUCAGCAGGGGAAUGCACUUUAUUGUACCAUAAAUCUUAGAUUUUCAAAUUGUGCAAAAUAAGCACUGGAUUUCAAAACAGAUUUCUACUAGUAGCCUAUUAGCAUUAUUUUAAAAGGAUGCAUACAAUUUGGUUUGUUGUAAACUUCUUGUGAAAAUAAUAAAUAACCACUCUGAAA